AUGUCCCAGACUAUCACCAAGACGCAAACUCCGUUGACCGGCGUUGAACUGAUAGAGAUUCGACCAGGCUUUGGUGCAGAGAUAACUGGUCUCAACUUCGCCCAAGGCGUGACGGACGAUGCCUUUCGGCUCCUCGAAGAAGCAGUGACCAAGUAUGGAGUGGUGGUCUUGCGAAGCACCGGCUUGACCGAUGAGACGCAUAUUGAGUUGGCCCGCAAGUUCGGCGAGCUGGACGAUGUGAAGCCGUACAUUUCUGCUGGCCGGAAGAACCGACUCAAGUACGAUGAGCUCUUCGAUGUCGGCAACGUCGAGGAGGAUGGCUCUAUUGUCGAUCUUGAUAGCCCCCGAGGCCAGGCAAACAAGGGCAACGCUCUUUUCCAUGUCGACUCAAGCUUCAAUCCUCGCCGUGCUGGUUUGUCACUGUUGCUCUCGCACGAGCUGCCUCCCCCAGGUACGGGUGGCAGCACCGCUUUCGCAGACUCUCGGACUGCGUUCGACGAGCUUGAUCAAGAGACCAAGGACCAUCUGCUCAAGAACGACUACAUCGCCGCCCAUUCCAUCUUACACUCGAAGAAGAUGGCCGCGCCAGAGUUCUUCGCGAACGUAGAACCUGCAGACCACCCAAUGGGCCGGCACAAGCUGGUCCAACUGCACGAGAGAUCAGGCCGAAUGAAUCUAUACCUCGCAGCGCACAUUCACCAUAUCGAAGGCCUCGAGCCCACCGAGUCGAAGGAGCUCUUUGACAGGCUCUUCAAGCAUGCGACUCAGGAUAAGUACAUCAUAGAGAUCGAGUGGAAGCAGCCGGGCGAUCUUGUUGUCUGGGACAACACGUGCACGAUGCAUCGGGCUGUUGGAGGAAGGUUCACGACCAAGUAUAAGCGGGAUAUGAGGAGGGCUACUGUUCACGAUUCGAGCAGCACGGCAUGGGGCCUGAAUGAGCAUACCAACGUCCGGCAAGGUCUGCCAUAG